AUGGGCAAGAAAAGUGCGAUACAAAAGUCAGCCAAAGGAGAUCUCAUACCAAUUCCUGGACCUUUGGAACAACAAAUCGAAGGCUCACGGAUAGCAAAGGCUCGCUCAGAAGAACGAGCUAAACGAAAGCGCAAAGUUGAGCAGGAAGCUGAAGAGGAACUGAAAAAAUUAUUCGUUAGUGGUAAUGCUUUUUUGCUUACUAUAGUUAUAAAUUUUACGAUAUUGCCGUCUCCAUCGGUACACGAGGGUGUGAUACUAGCAUCUUGGAUAGAAAAAUAUAUACCAAAUACUCUUUCUGAAAAGAUUAUCUCACAAGCCAAGAAGCAACUUAAUGACAUCGAAACUGAAGAUGGAACUGUGGAAGUUGAAGCAAACAAAAGGAUGCGCAAUGUAAGCUUAGGAGGUAUCAACGAAGACGAUUCUGAAGGCGAUGAUUUUCCAGAGGAAGACGACGGCUACGAAGACCAAGCAUUGGAUCCGAAGGAUGAAGCCGAUUUGGAACGUUUCAUGGUUAACAAAGACAGCGGUGCCAAAACGCUUUAUGAUAUAAUUCGCGCUAAAAUCGAUGCAAAAACAGAUGAUGCAGAACUGGCCCUAAGCAGUGUAGAUCCAAAUGAAUUCAAUGUGCGUUGUCCUUUUUCCGUAUCUGCUUUAAUCUUGAAAAUAAUAAGAGAUCUUGAUCCAGAAGUUGUUGAAAUGUACAAGGAAAUUGGCAAAAAGUGGAAAAAUACCAAAGGCAUUCAAAGUCAUACCAAAGAUGGUGAAUUGGGAACAAAUACUUUAGUGAGUGAAAGAAGUAUUUUUCAAAAUUUGCUUCUUAUGUUGCAUGUUAGUUUGACCGAUCCCGACGGUUGGAGCGCUGCAGCUAUGUAUCAGGCUACCAGACUUUUCGCUUCCAAUCUCAAUCCAAGGAUGUGCCAA